UGGAGAACUAAGCUCUCCCCCGGAGGAUCUGAUCCCUCCCUCCUCCCACACGCCUGGCGCAGCGCCACAGCGAGCGAGCGGGCGAGGAGGGGGAGAGAGGGAGUCUGUCUGCAAAGUGCUGCUCCCUGGUGCUCAGAGGCGGCUGCUCCAGCUCCAACUCUCAUUCAUUUCGCCGGUUAACAUGAGAGAUCAUGGCCGCCUUCGGGCUUCUCAGCUAUGAGCAGAGACCGCUGAAACGCCCCCGGCUCGGGCCGCCCGACGUCUACCCGCAGGACCCCAAGCAGAAGGAGGAUGAACUCACUGCUGUGAAUGUAAAGCAAGGCUUCAACAAUCAGCCAGCCUUUACUGGAGAUGAACAUGGCUCAGCCAGAAAUAUUGUAAUUAACCCGUCAAAGAUUGGAGCUUAUUUUAGCAGCAUAUUAGCUGAGAAAUUAAAGCUGAACACUUUCCAGGACACCGGGAAGAAGAAGCCACAAGUUAAUGCGAAAGAUAAUUAUUGGCUGGUUACUGCUCGAUCGCAGAGUGCAAUUCAUAGUUGGUUCUCCGACUUAGCAGGAAAUAAACCACUUGCUAUUUUGGCAAAAAAGGAGCUGCCUCUGGCCAAGUCAGGUGUUGCUCAGGUUCCCAUCCUUAGUAAAAAAGAAGAUGUUUUUGCAUAUUUAGCUAAAUAUUCAGUGCCAAUGGUUCGAGCAACAUGGCUAAUCAAGAUGACUUGUGCCUAUUAUUCUGCUAUUUCGGAAGCGAAAAUUAAGAAACGCCAGGCUACUGAUCCCAAUUUGGAGUGGACACAAAUAUCUACCAGGUAUCUCCGAGAGCAACUGGCCAAGAUCUCCGACUUUUACCACGUGGCUUCCAGCGUGAGCCACGGCCCAGUUCCUGUGCCGGCCGACGUGGAGCAGGCGCUGAAGCAGUGGGAGUACAACGCGAAGCUGGCCUUUCACAUGUUCCAGGAAGGAAUGCUAGAAAAACAUGAGUAUUUGACGUGGAUCUUGGAUGUUUUAGAAAAGAUCAGACCAAUGGAUGAUGACCUUCUGAAACUGUUAUUACCGCUGAUGCUGCAGUAUUCGGAUGAGUUUGUUCAGUCGGCCUACCUGUCUCGUCGUCUUGCCUACUUCUGUGCCCGGCGUCUCGCCUUGCUGCUGAGUGACAGCCCCAGCCUCCUCGCUGCCCACUCGCCCCACAUGAUGAUAGGACCAAACAGCUCGAGCAUCGGGGCCCCCAGCCCCGGCGCCCCCGGCCCCGGCGUGAGCCCCGUGCAGCUGGCCUUCUCAGACUUCCUUUCUUGUGCACAGCACGGCCCCCUGGUUUAUGGGCUGAGUUGUAUGUUGCAGACUGUCACCCUCUGUUGCCCAAGUGCCUUGGUGUGGAACUACUCCACAAACGACAGCAAGAGCGCGAACCCCGGCUCGCCGCUGGACCUGCUGCCGGUGGCCCCCUCCAGCCUCCCCAUGCCAGGCGGGAACACGGCUUUCAAUCAGCAGGUUCGGGCAAGGAUUUACGAGGUAGAACAGCAGAUAAAACAAAGAGGCCGUGCAGUGGAAGUCCGGUGGUCUUUUGACAAGUGCCAAGAGUCAACAGCAGGCGUGACCAUCAGCCGGGCGCUGCACACGCUGGAAGUGCUGGACCGACACUGCUUUGACCGGACCGACUCCAGCAACUCCAUGGAGACGCUCUACCACAAGAUUUUCUGGGCGCACCAAAACAAAGAUAACCAAGAGGUGGCCCCCAGUGAUGAAGCGGUGGUGACGCUGUUGUGUGAAUGGGCUGUGAGCUGCAAACGGUCAGGCAAGCACAGGGCGAUGGCUGUGGCCAAGCUCUUGGAGAAGAGGCAAGCGGAGAUUGAGGCAGAGAGAUGUGGGGAAUCAGAGGUCUUAGAUGAAAAGGAGUCCAUUUCUUCGGCCUCUCUUGCUGGAUCUAGUUUGCCUGUUUUCCAGAAUGUUCUGCUGAGGUUUUUAGAUACACAGGCCCCCUCGCUGUCGGAUCCAAACAGUGAAUGUGAAAAGGUGGAGUUCGUGAACCUGGUGCUGCUCUUCUGCGAGUUCAUCCGCCAUGAUGUCUUCUCCCAUGACGCGUACAUGUGCACCCUCAUCUCUCGGGGAGACUUGUCUGUCACUGCCUCGACGCGGCCACGGUCCCCGGUUGGAGAAAAUCCCGACGAACACUAUCCCAAGGACCAUGACGGGAAGAUGGAGAUUUUUUCUCCCAUGCCUGGAGAGUCCUGUGAGAAUGCCAACCCUUCCUUGAGCAGAAGAAUGUCGGUUAAUGGGGAGAAGUUGCUGAAGAGAGAAAAGCCAAGAGAGUUAAUUUUUCCAUCUAAUUAUGACCUCCUGCGACACCUGCAGUAUGCAACACAUUUUCCUAUACCUCUGGACGAGUCUUCAAGUCAUGAAUGUAACCAGCGCACAAUCCUUCUCUACGGAGUGGGCAAAGAGCGUGACGAAGCCAGGCAUCAGCUGAAGAAGAUUACCAAAGAUAUUUUAAAAAUCCUAAAUAAGAAGAGCACCACGGAGACUGGGGGUGGAGAUGAUGGACAAAAAACCAGGAAGAGCAAGCAGGAAGCAUUCCCAACACUGGAGACUGUGUUCACCAAACUUCAGCUCCUUUCAUAUUUUGAUCAGCAUCAGGUGACAUCCCAGAUCUCUAACAAUGUGCUGGAACAAAUCACAAGCUUUGCAUCAGGGACAUCCUAUCACCUCCCAUUGGCUCACCACAUUCAGCUCAUCUUUGACCUCAUGGAGCCAGCCCUGAACAUCAAUGGACUAAUUGACUUCGCAAUACAGCUGCUGAAUGAACUGAGUGUUGUAGAAGCCGAGCUGCUCCUGAAGUCCUCCAGCCUGGCAGGCAGCUACACCACGGGCCUCUGCGUCUGCAUUGUGGCAGUGCUCAGGCGGUACCAUAGCUGUCUGAUCCUGAAUCCCGACCAGACAGCCCAGGUGUUUGAAGGGCUGUGCGGUGUGGUGAAGCAUGUUGUGAACCCCUCAGAGUGUUCCUCCCCUGAACGAUGCAUCUUAGCCUACCUCUAUGAUCUCUACGUGUCGUGUAGCCACCUCAGAAGUAAAUUUGGAGACCUCUUCAGUAGUGCCUGUUCAAAAGUUAAGCAAACCAUAUAUAAUAAUGUGAUGCCUGCCAAUUCUAACUUGCGAUGGGAUCCGGACUUCAUGAUGGAUUUUAUUGAGAAUCCUUCAGCCCGUAGCAUCAACUACUCGAUGCUGGGCAAGAUCCUCAGCGACAACGCGGCCAAUCGCUACAGCUUCGUCUGCAAUACACUCAUGAAUGUAUGUAUGGGCCAUCAGGAUGCUGGAAGGAUUAAUGACAUAGCCAAUUUCUCCUCCGAGCUGACGGCUUGCUGCACUGUUCUUAGUUCAGAGUGGCUGGGAGUUUUGAAGGCUCUGUGUUGUUCUUCAAAUCACGUGUGGGGGUUUAAUGAUGUACUUUGCACCGUAGAUGUGAGUGACCUUUCAUUCCAUGAUUCAUUAGCUACUUUCAUUGCUAUUCUGAUAGCACGACAGUGUUUCUCCCUGGAGGACGUCGUGCAGCACGUCGCGCUCCCCUCGCUCCUCGCAGCAGCUUGUGGAGACGCAGACGCUGAGCCUGGGGCGAGAAUGACAUGCCGGCUCCUGCUUCAUCUCUUCCGAGCUCCCCCCGCCUGCUUAUUACCCCAGGCAACCGGCAAACCUUUCCCUGGAAUACGAUCAUCUUGUGAUAGACACCUCUUAGCUGCUGCUCACAACAGCAUCGAAGUGGGAGCAGUGUUUGCUGUUUUAAAAGCGAUUAUGAUGCUUGGAGAUGCCAAAAUUGGCAAUAACAAUGUCAGCUCUUUAAAGAAUGAUGACUUCGGCAUGAGGGGUUUACGACGUGAUGGGAAUGCUGAUGAUAUUUGGACUGCCUCACAAAAUUCAAAGCCCUGUGGGAAAAUCAUUUCCAUAGAAACUGCCAAUUUAAGAGAAUAUGCUAGAUAUGUACUGAGGACUAUCUGUCAACAGGAAUGGGUAGGAGAACAUUGUUUAAAAGAACCUGAGAGAUUAUGCACAGACAAAGAACUCAUACUGGACCCUGUGCUCUCAAACAUGCAAGCACAGAAACUAUUGCAGCUUAUUUGUUAUCCUCACGGCAUUAAGGAGUGUCCUGAGGGGGACAACCUGCAAAGGCAGCACAUUAAGCGCAUUCUGCAAAAUCUGGAACAGUGGACACUGAGGCAGUCCUGGCUAGAACUUCAGUUAAUGAUUAAGCAGUGCUUGAAGGACCCUGGCUCUGGUUCAGUGGCUGAAAUGAACAACUUACUGGACAAUAUUGCCAAGGCAACCAUAGAGGUAUUCCAGCAGUCUGCCGACCUGAACAAUAACUCUUCUAAUCCCGGUAUGAGCCUCUUCAACCCGAACGGGAUCGGAAGCACUGACACAAGUAGCCCGAGGCAGAAUGGAAUAAAGACAUUUCUAAGUUCCUCUGAGCGCAGGGGCGUGUGGCUGGUGGCCCCCCUGAUUGCCAGGCUGCCGACCUCUGUGCAAGGAAGAGUGUUGAAAGCUGCUGGGGAAGAGCUGGAGAAGGGACAGCACUUGGGCUCUUCCUCCAAAAAAGAAAGAGACAGACAAAAACAGAAAAGUAUGUCUCUUUUGAGUCAACAACCGUUCCUCUCGCUGGUUCUUACCUGCCUUAAGGGACAAGAUGAACAACGAGAAGGCCUCCUAACGUCCCUCCAGAAUCAAGUUAAUCAGAUCUUAAGUAACUGGAGAGAAGAGCGAUACCAAGACGACAUGAAAGCACGGCAGAUGAUGCACGAAGCAUUGCAACUUCGCCUAAAUUUGGUGGGAGGAAUGUUUGACACGGUGCAGAGGAGCACCCAGUGGACAACAGACUGGGCGCUGCUCCUCCUUCAGAUCAUCACUUCCGGAACCGUGGACAUACACACUAACAAUGAAUUAUUUACAACAGUUCUUGAUAUGCUGGGUGUUUUAAUCAAUGGAACAUUGGCCUCUGACCUGUCAAAUGCAUCCCCAGGGGGGUCUGAAGAGAACAAACGUGCAUACAUGAAUUUAGUAAAGAAGCUGAAAAAAGAGCUGGGAGACAAGCGGUCUGAAAGUAUUGACAAAGUUCGACAGUUGCUACCUUUGCCAAAACAGACAUGUGAUGUCAUCACUUGUGAACCUAUGGGUUCCUUGAUUGACACAAAGGGAAACAAAAUUGCUGGAUUCGACUCUAUAGAUAAAAAACAGGGUCUCCAGGUGUCCACAAAGCAGAAGGUGUCCCCAUGGGAUUUGUUUGAGGGUCAGAAGAACCCAGCGCCUCUGUCCUGGGCCUGGUUCGGGACUGUCCGAAUGGACCGUAAGGUGAUCAAGUAUGAGGAGCAGCAUCACCUCCUUCUGUAUCACACACACCCCAUGCCCAAACCCCGGAGUUACUACCUCGAGCCGCUGCCCCUGCCUCCUGAGGAGGAAGAGGAAGAGCCCACAUCUCCCAUCUCUCAGGAACCAGAGAGGAAAUCAGCUGAGCUGUCAGAUCAGGGAAAAACCACAACAGAUGAGGAGAAGAAAACAAAGGGAAGGAAGCGCAAGACAAAAUCAAGCUCAAGAGUCGAUGAGUACCCACAGAGCAACAUAUACCGAGUGCCUCCUAAUUACUCGCCCAUUUCCUCCCAGAUGAUACACCAUCCACAGUCUACCUUGUGGGGCUACAACCUCAUGGGUCAGCCCCAGCAGCCUGGCUUCUUCCUUCAGAACCAGUCUCUUACUCCAGGUGGCUCCAGACUGGACCCUGCAGGCUCCUUCGUCCCCAGCAACACCAAGCAAGCUCUGUCAAACAUGCUGCAGCGGCGCUCGGGCGCCAUGAUGCAGCCACCCUCCCUGCACGCACUCCCUUCGCAGCAGCAGCUGAUGCAGAUGAAGGCUCUGCAGCAGCAGCAGCAGCAGCAGCAGCAGCGGCUCCUCAGGCAGGCCCAGACCCGGCCAUUCCCACAGGGCCAGCCAGGGGACCAGGCUGCUCUCUUUGCUGCCCAGGCACGGCCCUCCCCGCAGCUCCCCCAGUAUCCAGGGCUGCAGCAAGCACAGACCAUGCCCCAGGGCUACACAAUGUACGGAACACAGAUGCCUUUGCAGCAGAGCCCGCAGCAGCAGGCCGGCAGCAUGGUCCUGUCUCCCAGCUAUAACUCCAGAACCUAUCCGGCUGCCCACUCCAACCCAGCGCUGAUGGAGAGACUCAGACAGAUGCAGCAGCCGCCGAGUGGCUAUGUCCAGCAGCAGGCAUCACCGUACCUGCAGCCUUUGACUGGCUCUCAGAGGCUGAAUCAUCAGUCCCUUCAGCAGAGCCCUCUGAUGGGCGGAGGAAUCGAUGCGGUGCUGACUCCCACACAUCCAAACCUUCCGUCAGUGCCACUGCCUCAGGACCCCAUGAGGCCCAGGCAGCCGCAGGUGCGACAGCAGCAGAGGCUUCUCCAGAUGCAGCAGCCCCCUCAGCCCCCACCGUCCUCGCAGCCCCAGAGCCAGACCCUCGGUCUGCAAGCAAUGCAGCCCCAGCAGCCUUUGUUCCCCAGGCCGGGCCUGCAGCAGACCCAGCAGCAGCAGCAGACAGCCGCCCUGGUGCGCCAGCUCCAGAAGCAGCUCUCCAGUAACCAGCCACAGCAAGGAGUGACUCCCUAUGGGCACCCUCCACACUUCUGACUCGGGAAGAGGACAAGACAGGAAGUUUUAUGUUCGCACUGAAAAACAGAAUAUCAAAUGCAAUGCAUCAGUCAUCUUUAGAAAGGUCCCUUUGUUCUUUCAUUACUUCGAAGUUUUCUUCUGUUUUAUGCUACACUUUGUACAAAGGCGUUUACACAAAGGCAGAGAAGGAGGCCUGGUUUGGUUUUGUUGCUUUCAGCUUUAAAGCAGGCUUACAAAUGUGUACCCUGUGGGCCUACUUCAGGAAGAGUUUGGUAGCAGACUUUUUGAAACUGGUGCUUUUUUGAAUCUCAUAGGUAUAGAAAGAAUGAAUUAUGGUAGAUAUAAAAUAUUUAUCUAUCCAUUAAUUUUUUUUUUCAUUUUCAAACUGUGCCGGACCAAACUACUGAUUUGAAAGGCAUGUCAGUUCUUGACUGAAAAGUGACCCAUUUAUUCUGCGUUCACCUUUGAUGGUGAAAUGGACAUUUAUUCGCCUCACUCUAAUUUGAAAUGUUUGUAAUUUCAUAAGCACUUUAUGAACUUUGUUCCUAUUUAUGUAGGAUUUUUCUUUGCUUUUGUUGUGGUCAAAAGGUGCUGAAACAGAUUGUUGCUUAGUAUUUAAACUUCUUAGACCAAGAACUUAAACUGAGGCUUCUAUGAGAGCCACCCUAAGACAUGUGGAAGCCCAUUAGAAGUAGCUGUACUGAAGUGUGCAGUGGCCAGAUCACUAACCAGAGUCUUUGUGAAGGUGCGGCCUGUAGGUUAUAAGGGCCCAAAUGAACCACGAUGGAAUUGUUCUAAUUAUUUAUUGCUGGGUUUGGCAAAAAUGACUCUGUCCACUUUUGGUUCUCCUGAACCUUAUGCCAACUUGAGAAAAAGUCUCACAGUGGGCCUGAGACUCCACAGUGCUCCAAUUUGACAUGGUUUCCAGAGAAUCUGGCCUCCAAGUCCAGAGGCUCUGGUUUUCUUAAAAGAUGUAUUUGCUGUUUAUUUUGUAUGGUAAGUAUUUGCUAUUUUGAAUUUAAUUAUUAAUAUUGGUGUCAUUCUUGGUUGUGUAUUGCAUAUACUGUAUUUAUAAAUUGGUGCAAAAAGCACAAGUAAAGUAAAUUAUACAUCAAAUUUAUUAUAAAGAAAUAGUAACUAUUUUAACUUUGUUCAAGUAUGUGGUAAUUUGCUCCUAUUAGAGUAAAAAGAGACAGUAAAUUAUUAUCAGUUUGUGUAACUUAAGAGUAUUCCAUAUAAUAUUUUUUUAGAUUUAGAUGCAUAAAAUUUUGAAUGUGAAAAUUGCAGGGCAUUUUAAAACAUAUGUGGGGGAUUUUUUUCCCAUGUUGUCUGUUAAUUCACUUUCUUUUGCCAUAUGAUUUUACAUGUUACGUAGUCACACAGACUGUGAAUAGAUUCGUCUUGUAAUGAGCAAACCAUGUAGAACUACUUUUUUUCAAUGUAACCAGUACAACUUUAGUCGAUCACUUCUUUUGCAAAGCAUCGUAUAAAUAAUUUAUAUCUUCCUAGGUGGGUUACUCAUUGCAAAGUUCAACUCACGCGAACAACCUCACGUGUGUGUCCGCUCCCUUUGCUCUGGCAGCAUCCCCGUGACUGCUCUGUACACUGUGAAACUCUUCCGCUCCAGCCCACUCAUUUCAUGUUUACUCUGGGCUGGAAAAGACUUUGCCAAAACAUUAAAGACCAUUCUUUUCACUAAAUUAACAUAUUCUAUCUGCUUUCAGAAAAAUGCAUCUUUACAUUUCAGCUGGUUUCGUAUUAUCAGGGUUUUAUUUUUUCCCUCUUAAGAGUCAUUCUUAGUGUUCACAAGGCUAUUUUUCUUCAAGUAAUGUAUCCAGAUAAUGACUGCCUUGGCAAAACAACCGAAUUGCGAAUGUUGUGCCUAGUGAGUGAGUCAUGUCCCGUCCUGAUCGUUUUUGUUUUGUUUUGUUUUUAAGAGUCGUUGGCAUUUAAAAUGUCGGUUUUCAGUGUGAAUCAUAUAUUUCUGUAGCUCUGUAUUGCAAACAGCAACAAUACUGUUUCAAGAAUGAGUGUUAAAAUUGCAUAGCAUUUGUAUGCACUUUAUAUUUGCAGAAGUCAGUGAAAUUAAUUUAUUAAUCAUUUGCACUUGAAAGCUGUGGGUAUGCAUUUUUUGCUGUGUGUCCCUCUUUUUUAGGUGAGGAAGCUAAGUCCUAAUAAGGCUGCAGAGUUUCUGUGGAAAGUUGAGGGAAAAACUAAAACUGGUUUUCCCCUAUGCAUUAUGAAGACAGCAACUAGAAAUUUUAAUCUAGUUUUAUCAUAUUAAUUCUCACUUAACCCUCUAUCCUAAGAGGCUUCCUUUUUUUUUUUUUUAGCAAAUGCAUUCAUUUGCAUUAAAUGAUCACAAGGGAAAGCCCUGUCCUUGGACAGAACCUAGUGAUUUGCUUCCUGAAAUAGAGAGGAAAUUAUCUUAAGGUGAAUGGGAACCCCCACCCCCUUAAACAGAAGGCUCUGAAAUAGAGUAGACUUGGAUAUGAGAGCCCUUAGACCUACCUGUUUACACUGCAGGCCUGUUCCUAGAAGAGUUACAUAUGUCAUUUAAUUCACUCCUCUUGGCCCAGAAGUGGAGGAAGAUCACUGUUAGAAUGAGUAUCCUUUGACUUCUUGCAGCCACACGAUCCCAGUGUCAGAGACGGUAGCAAUCAGGCCCCCUGUUAGGUGGGGACAGCUGGAAAUGGUGCGAUGAACUCAGUGUCCGAACUGACUGACAAAGGCUAGCAGUUCUCGGUUUUGUGUACUGAGAUAGCUGAGCAAGACCUAUGGCAUUUUCUUCUUUUUCACUUGUUAAGGCUCCUACAAUUCUUCUUAAAUAGUAGGUGAAUAUUUGAAUAGAUGGUGAAGAAAUUACUCUAGAAAAUCCCAGCCUCCACAGUUAGAAAAGAUGAAUCAUCAUGUACCCCAAGUUAAUUCAGGUUGAGUUAAUCAUGUAAUAUAAAUAAUUCCAGUAAAUCACAAAAGACAGCAUUCUGUGUAGGGUUGAAGAAACUUAAGUACAGUGAAACUUCAUGAUAUGAUCGGAUUGGAGCUUUCCCACUUACCUGUCACAUGCAGGAUUGCCACUUAACGGAGUAACGCGCUCAUGAAGCAGUGACCCCUUCUCAGAACGCUUUCUUGUAACGGCUCCAAACCAGGGGUGCCUGAGCUAGAUUUUGAAGUUACAGAGAAGUUUCAUUGUGUUUUUAAAAACCUUU